UCGCACGGUGGACCGCCGCUGCUGCUGGCCCUGGCGUCGCGUGCUGUCAGCCCUCUGCUCUGCUACGGGCGGUUACUACUACUAGCCAGCCCCUACUACUCCCCAGGCCCCACCACACUCCCCCUCCCCGCCCAACAAGAGAAGAGAAGAGAAGAGAGAGAAGCCACCGGGCCGGUCUCCGUUCCACUCUCUCUCCCCUCCCUUUCCUUUCCUCCCCCGUCCUCCUUCCCUACCUUUCCCCCGCGCGCGGCCCAACGCAGCGCGCCGCUCCACAACCGGCCAAAGAGAGGGAGGGAUCCUCCCGCCCGACGAGGCGCGGCCGGACGCGUCCCCUCACUCACUGGACCGGACCUGCGGCCGCGCGCUGCAGGAUCGCCCAUAGGUUUGGACCCUUGCGGCAGCGGCGGAAGCGGAAGCAGCGCAGCGCGGAGCACGCUACCGCUGCCUGCCACGCACGAGCGUGCGGAAGCUGCUGCAGUGCUCCCGGGGGCCGCCUCCCCGAUUGAUUCCUUCACACACCCGCGCGGCCGGAGCGAGGCAAGGGGGAGCGCUCGAGCGGCGGAGGGGCAGGGACUGGUUCCCGCCGGCGCCCACGGAUUUCCGCCAGAGAGUAAUGCGCUUAAGGAGCUGCGUCAAUGGCGUCAUUGGUGCCCGGUGUCCUCGUCAAGCUCCUUCAGCAUAUGAACACGGAUGUCAAAGUCGCAGGAGAGCAUCGGUCGUCCCUUCUUCAGGUUGUCAGCAUCGUGCCAGCACUUUCAGGGAGUGAUCUCUUCACCAACCAAGGUUUCUACCUCAAGGUGUCCGAUUCUUCCCAUGCCACGUAUGUGACCCUUCCCGAGGAACAGCAUGAUCUCAUCUUGAGCGACAAGAUUCAGUUGGGGCAGUUCAUCCAUGUCGACCGCCUUGAGGCGGCCACUCCGGUACCCAUCCUUUGGGGAGUUCGGCCAGUUCCUGGCCGUCAUCCUUGCGUCGGCAACCCUGAGGACCUUGUGUUAACUAGCUCUUCGAAAGUUGUUGGCAGCAAGAAAGCACAACCGGCCAAUGGAUCGAAAACAACCAAUGGAUUGAAAGAUGCUGGUGCCUUGUCGCUAGAAAAGGAAAAGAGCAAGUUAGAGAAAAUAAAUGCUCCCCACAAAACCAUUGGGACAGAAAAUAAGAAACCGGUGCUGACGAAAUCAAAAUCCUCACUGUCAAAACAGGCUUUGAAUGGGGUUACCGAGAAGAAGGAAACAGUGAAACCAAAGGCAAGACCUGCUCGUGUUAGAUCAACACCUUCAUCUCCAACCAGUGUGUAUUCUCUACCUGGAACAUUUGACAGAUUUUCUAGUGAUCUAAGACAGAGACAUGGGGUAAAAGGACCAGAGAAAGCAUCAUCUUCUAGGCUCUCCUUGUUAGAAAGGGCAGCUUCAGUUCUGAAGGUCACUACUGCAGGGAGAAGGUCCUCUGCGGUUAACUCAAUCAGUAGCUCUGUGUUGGGUAUUGGUUCAGGACCAAAGGCAUUGCGAAGAAGCUGGGAAGGAGCUGUAGAUACAAAAGGGAAAAAUAGUUCAGACUCAAAGACGACCAAAGCUGACAGGAAACCCGAGAACAGGGGCCCAACGACUCCUAGAAGAAAGCUACCAGUGGACGAGAAGGUUUCACAUAAAGAUGACAGUAAGACUCAUAACCCUGCUAGAAAGAGCACAUCAAGCGCUCCUGCUCCUUCAGUCGAUGCUGACAAAGCACCGAAGAAGCAUCCUCCUACUCUAAAGAGGACAUCUGGGGGUUUAAGCAACCCAAAUGUUACAAAUUUGGUUAAGAUUCCACCAAACAGCAAAAAACUGACAGACGUCAGCAAUUCAUGGACAUCACUUCCACCGUCACUUGCCAAAUUAGGAAAGGAGCUUCUGAAGUACAGAGAAUCGGCACAGGUGGCUGCUGUUGAAGCCAUGCAGGAAGCUUCUGCUGCAGAAAGCUUGCUGAGAUGUUUGAGCUCGUACGCCGAGGUGAGCUCAACGGCAGAGGAGCAAAACCCGCAGCCGACUGUUGAGCAGUUCCUCGCCCUCCACAGCUCGCUUACCCGUGCCACGGUGAUCACUGACACCCUCACCAAGUCCGCAGCCCCGCCGGAAUGCUCAGCGGCCAGCGAUGCGGGGACGGUGGUCUCUGCCACGGACGACGAGGCCGCUGCUGCAGUCGCAGCGGAGCGGCAGCGCCGAGCAAAGUCCUGGGUUAACGCCGCGCUCGCCACGGACCUCUCUGGCUUCGGGCUCUACAACCUCAAGCCGGUCCCGGCCACGGUGUCAUCGCCGCUGGCGGUGCUCGUCGUUGAUGAGUCGGUGAAGCCGGUUGCGGCGUCCCCCAAUGCGGUGAAGACGUUGUCUCCGGCGGCGAAGUCGCGGAUGUCCCCUGCAAAGGGGAAGCCGAGGACGGGCCCAGGCGCUACGGCAGCCGUGGCGACGCCCGCCCCGCCGGAGUGGGAGAGGGGAGUAGGCGCGGAGGAGAGGGGCCAGCUGGCUCGCCGGCUCGGGGAGGAGUCCAGGGGAUGGUUCCUCGGGUUCGUGGAGCGGUUCCUGGACGCCGACGUCGCUGCAGCGGCGCCGUGGGACCGCGAGCGCGCGGCCAGGAUGCUCCCGCAGCUGAAGCGCGUCAACGACUGGCUCGGCGAGAUCGGAACGCGCGGCGAGGCGCCUCCGCCGCCGCCGGAGUCGCAGGACGGGGACGAGGAGGCUGCGGCCACCACCGCCGCCGCGGUUGCCUCGGCCAACGGCUGCGGCGUGCCGGAGGAGACGAUCGAGCGGCUGAGGAAGAAGAUCUACGAGUUCCUCCUCACGAACGUCGACUCAGCAGCCGCGGUGCUCGGCGGCGCGGCAGUCCCGCCGGCCCCGGCGCCGGCGAGCGGGAAGAAGUCGUGACCCGUGGGUGGUCAACGCAUCGAGGACGUUGAUGAUUGUGAGGCCCAAUUGGGCCUCGUCGCAGCUUUGGAUUUGUUUGGGCCAAGGAGAAUGGUCUUGGUUUGCUAAUGUAGCUUGUAGGGCUUUUGUUGGGCUUUGGGUCCUUUAACCCUCUUCUCCUCUUCCUCUCUUUCCGUUCAAGGAAAAAAGAGGCGAUUUGACGAAUUGACUUGUAUUUAUGACUGAUGUUUUUUCUUCUCUUGGAUUUGUAUUUAUUGCUGAUGUUGAUUGGAUAACUUUGAAUCUAAUUUGUGAGCGGUGUCUCGAUUGGACGA